CAGUUUCCUGGUUUGAACCAUAAACUUCAGCAGAGCUACUUGUUCUUCAAGUUUUCAUAUAACGCACUUCAAUCAUACAAACGAACCACUGAUUACCAACUAAUCUACACAAAAUCGUUAUGGAAUUCAACCUCGAAGAAGGCAAGCACCUCAACGACGAAUGCUCCACUUUAAUCCUGCCAGCAUUAUCGAUCGGAAACGUAGGGCAACUGGCUGUGGAUCUUUUGAUUGCUUCCACGAAAGCUGAGCGAGUUGGUUACCUCGAUGAUCCGAAUGUUCUUCCGUGUGUGGGAAAUGACGCUUAUGCCCCUGCUCCUCAAGGAGACCUUGCUCUCCCCCUUGAAGCUUACGAGUCACCUUCUAGUGCAUUGACCCUUAUCCAACAAAGAUCACCAGUUGUUAAGGGAAUGAUGGUAGAGUUUGCCAAAAAUCUUGCUAAUUUUGCUGUUGCUUCUGGAAAGAAACACGUUGUAAUCCUCUCUAGCUUAGACUUUGGCCGAUGGCAGACAGUUGACAUGUCAAGUGGUUUGCCGAUUCAUUACCUCUCUAAUACAAAUGUGGACGGAGCCGAUGAUAAAUGUGAAAAACUAGGAUGGAAAAAGAUGAAGGAAUACGAUCCUAAUCAGAAACUAUGGAAAUAUCUCAAUACGUUAGCUGAAGGUAAUGCGAACGAAGAUGAUAUUUCUGCUCUUGAAGAUGAUCUAGGAGAAGAAGAUUAUUACCCAAGUCUACCUUUUGCUGCGAUGUUUUCAUGUUUCAAGGCCAAAGGCUUGAAGGUCACAUGCUUGUUAUGUUAUUGCUCUGAAGGGGACAACAUUCCUGAUGCGUUUCAUUUAGCAGAGGCAGCAUGCAAUCUUGUGGGGUUGACCCCUGAUACCUUUAAAGGAAACGAAGGUGGUAAAUGGGUGAUCCCGUUUUCAUGGCAGAGUGUUUACGGGCCACCUCCAGAUAUGUCUCUCUUCUAGUCGAAAAUUGUAUUCGUUUGAAUUGAUGUAACAUUUUAAUCAGAUCAACCCCACAAUUUAGUCUUGAUUAGUGUCUUGUUUUCGAUAAGAAUGAAAUGGGACCUACAAAAUAGAGUACACGAAUGGCUGGCUGGCAGGCGCCAGAUAAGAAAAGAACAUGUCAAAGCACAAUAGGAUGCCUGCUUGUUUUAUAAUUCAAAUACAGCAGCCAUUACUUCUACCAGAAAACUCUAUACAAGUUUAAUACAAA